CCCCGGAUCGCGGCGGAGGGUGAGCGCGGCGGAGGCGGCGGGGCGGCGGCCAUGGGCUGCCUGCAGAGCGUGGCCUGCAAGGCGCGGGUGCGGCGGGAGCACAUCGUGGUGUCCGACGUGUCGGCCACCAUCGAGCCCGCGGCCACCGCCAUCGAGGAGAGCUCGCCCGUGGUGCUGCGCUACCGCACGCCGUACUUCAGAGCCUCGGCACGCGUCCUCAUGCCGCCCAUCGCCCGGCGCCACACAUGGGUGGUGGGCUGGAUCCAGGCCUGCAACCACAUGGAGUUCUACAACACCUACAGCGACCUCGGCGUGUCAAGCUGGGAGCUGCCCGACUUGCGAGAAGGGAGAGUAAAAGCCAUCAGUGAUUCUGAUGGAGUGAGCUACCCCUGGUAUGGAAACACCACAGAAACUGUGACCCUGGUCGGGCCCACGAACAAGAUCUCCAGGUUCUCGGUGAGCAUGAAUGACAAUUUCUACCCCAGCGUGACAUGGGCUGUCCCUGUGAGCAACAGUAAUGUGCCGUUGCUGACCAGGAUUAAAAGGGACCAGAGCUUUACCACGUGGCUGGUGGCUAUGAACACCACUACCAAGGAAAAGAUCAUCUUGCAGACUAUAAAGUGGCGGAUGCGAGUGGACAUUGAGGUUGAUCCCAUGCAGCUCCUAGGGCAGCGUGCUCGACUGGUGGGAAGGACUCAGCAGGAGCAGCCCCGGAUCUUGAGCAGGAUGGAGCCCAUCCCACCAAAUGCACUAGUGAAACCCAAUGCCAACGAUGCCCAAGUCCUCAUGUGGAGACCUAAGCGAGGCCAGCCUAUAGUUGUUAUACCUCCCAAGUAGCACGGCACCGGGGCACGCGCUGGUGUGUGCACGUGGGGACCUUGGUGCUGUUGGUGUGGUGCAAAUGAGUGGGAUUCCUGAGCCAAAGCAGACCUCUUGGGUUCGCCUGCCUUUGUAGCUGCGGCUGGAAAUUCCUCAGCUGGAAAGUGAGCAUGAGCUUGGCCCAGCUGUUGUCAAGCUGGUGGAUUUCCCAGGAAGUGGAUUUAAGUGCUUCUAGGGCUUGUGGCUGGAAAAAAGUCUGUCUUAUCUAACCAUCUCCUGCCUCCUUGCAAGGAAGUGUGAGGAACAGGAGCAUGAGCAAACCGUGCCUGUGGCAAAUGCUGCUUUCCACCCCAUUAGCUGUAGUAAAGGAGCCCAUGCCUGCCAGACAGGGGGGGUUGUGCAGUCACCCUUCCCCUCCACGUCUCUACCUAUGCAUUUCGGAUCGAUAAUCAGCACGUUGCCAUGCUGUCUGGGACUUGGAAGAGCCUGGGAGCAGAACCCAGCGCCAGCAGUCGUCUCUACUUGAGUGGGCCUUUCUGCAGCUGGCUGGAAGCGGGACAUUAUGCAUGCGUCUCGGUGUGUUUAGAGUGGUUGUGAAUGUAGGAGAUGACAAUAGUUCAUUCCUGUCUAGGAGUGAGACCUGAGGGCAGGUUAGGUAUCCUUUAGUUUUAUAGUGCACUAAAUCUUUGCGGUUCCCUUCCCUCCCCAUCCCCGCCAGCCAUUUCUUUUGCUGGAGCAAGAAUUAUUCUCAACCAGAAGAGAAAUCACAAGUGAUGCCUUUUCACACAGGCGAAGGCGAGCAGGCAGCUACUGACGGUGUUUGCGUGGUACCCAGAAAAGCUUGGAGGUACUCCAGGAUUUGGAUGCUUCCACUGCAGACAUGAGCGCAUAGCAAGAGGUUGUGUGCUUGUUCUUUUCUACCCAUUUUCUACCCAAAUGCCUGCUGGUGUGGGAAGUUUGAUCCUCAGCCACCCAUGGAGCAGUACAGCGUGUGUGCGUGUGCAGGAUGCUCGUGCUGUUGCAGGUGUGUGGCAGGUUGCCUUUUUCUCUGCCCCGUGCCCUUUCCUCACUGCCUGGAUUGCUGGCAGCUUUCUGGUCUGUGGGGAGGUGCUGCUGCUGUGGGCUGCGAUGUACAAUUCCCUACUUCUUGUAGCAGGGGAGCAACAUUUCCCUUCUUUCAGCUGAGCCCUGGUUGUUGCACCUUCCUGGAUAUGGCAGAGGCAGAAGCCACAGUGGCUCUGUCCCCACCCAGCGGCAGCUUCAGGUGCCCUGUGUUACUGCAGGUUCCUGGGUAGAUGAAUAUGGCUUUUGCUACUUUCCCUGCUCUGUUUCCUGCUGCUGUACCUCCAGCUUGUACCCUUGCCUUUGUGCCAUGAAGGUUUUUGCUGCUGUGGGGAUGUGAGGUAUUCCUGCUCGGAGCUUCUUGCAUCCCCCCCUGCUGCUGGGAGAGCCUGGGAAGUGUUUCGCUGGCUACUCUUGUGCAAAGCCUUUCUUGCAGCAUCAGGAGCACUUGAUCCUGGGUGUCAGACAGCCCAGCUCAGGGCUUCUUUGCUUCCCCCAGGAUGCAAAACCUGCUCCCCCUGCUGCAGAGGAGCCUUUCUGCUCAGUGUGCGCACACCUCGGGGCAGAGCCUUCCCACAGCAUCGCUCUGAAGUACGCACAAAUCCCUGCAAAGCUUCAGGUGCAGCUCGUGCUUUUCCAGGUUGAGACGCACACCCCUGGCAUCCGGGAGCUGCUCCCCAUGAGCAAAGGGACUCCUGGGUGUCUUAGACCAAAAAACACCUGUGAAAUCCCCAUGCUAUUUAUUACUCUCAGUUUGGCAGUCUGGGAAGCUUUGGGUUAGCUGAGGGCUGGGUGAGUCCUUGCCAUGAGAAAAGCCUGGAGGGAGAGCAGGCUUUGAGCUCUGGUCUGCUUUGUUUUCCUGCGAGGAAAUGGUGAGCACUGAACACCUUGUUUUUGUGAGGUUCAGCCAGUGUUUUUGUACGGACACGUGAUCAAAGGCAGUUUUUAGCCAUUGCUGAUGUUUUGUUUAUGGAAAGCGUGUGUGGAAAAGCUGUUAGAAACUUUUGAUACAAUUUUUGCAUCAACGUUUGGGGGUGGAGGAAGAGGGGGGGGACAUACCUUUCAGUGUGAAAUAAGAUGUGUAUUGUUGACCUGCUAAGAUAGAAACGAUCCCAAAAGCUCCUAGAGGGCGGUUGAGCCUGAGGAAAUGGUGCAGCAAAGGGCUGUGUGGCACUGAAGUGCAGAGAGGGAGAGGCUGCAUCUCCUCGGGGUGUAGGGAGCGGUCAGCCCCCCUAUGGAUCUUCUUGCAUGUUUAAGGCUGGGGUUGCUUGCAGCUUGGCUGCCCUCAUUUCCAAGGGCCCCAACUGGGAGUCCCAGUGCUGGCUGUGGGAUGAGCACUUGGCCUCGUGAGCUCGGCUGUAAAACCACCCCAUGGGAUGCCAGCCCCUCCAGCACUUCAUCCCCAUCCCCGCUUGUAGCCGGCACCUCAUUAUCUCAGGGAGGGACAGACAGGCUGCGCUUCCCCCUCGCCCCGAGGUGCCCCUUCUGUUCCGUCCUGUGGUGGUUUCAUGGCCGUGCCCACACGUUGCCUGGGCACAGCACUAUGGGAAGCACCCGUUGAUCUCUCUGGGUUCAGAGCGUGGCUGUGGGUGCUGGGAAACGCCUGCAGGGCAGGCGGGUGAAGCCGGAGUGGGUGCCACAAGUGCCACCCCUGUCCUCGGCACCCAUACGGACGCGGCUGCUUGCUCGCGUUGCUCGGCUCACUUAUUUAUUUCUUAUUUAUUUCUUAUUUAUUUAUUUAAGGUGUAUUUAAGUUAUUUAUUUGUAUUUAUUGACAGCUGGAACUCGGGGGGAGGGGGGUCAUUUCUGCUGCGCAGCAGGGGUGGCUGGGUCUCCCCUGUGCAUUUUGGGAGCGCCAAUGUUGGGGGGGGGGGAUGCCCAUGGGCAGCUGCUCACAUCCUGUCCCCUUUUGGGAGGGAUGGAGAACUGAGGAAGAGGAAUCACAUCAAUGCAGGGAGGACAUCCCUUCCUGCAGGACCUCAAAGCCCCUCAUCCCCCCCAGGCGCUGCGCUCCCUCCCAUACCCGUCUGUAUUUAUUGGCCCGGCCUCCCAGUGUUUUUCUGUUUGGCUCACGCUGUAUUUGAUGUUGCCAAUUUCUGGAGAUGGUGAUAAGAGCAAGGAGGACAUGUGGGUGUCACUACGGAGAACAGAGAAAAUCAGGUAUUCUGCUGUUGUGUGGGGAAAAUCGGAAGGAAGAGAAGAUGAAAGCUGGUUUUGCAGAGUGCCUUAAACAACAAAUGACUUUACGGAGUAGGGGGCUUGGACUUCUGUCUUUGGAUGUAAUUGCAAACUCCAACACAUGUUGCGUUUCACUUCUCUGGGAUUAAAAGAACAUUCAAUCUGUACUGGAAACAAA